AUGGGUCAAUCUCAUAGCAACGGUGGUGGUGGCGAAAAUCGUCGCCAUCGUGAAAACAAACGUGUAGGCAGUGGACCUCCGAGCAGAAACCACUCGCCUUGUGUCGUUCCAGACAGGAUUGCGUUGGAAUUGGAGAGGAAGAGUUUUACGAAUAUCGAAAGUUUUUCAUUGCAGAACAUUUUUGAAAAUUUAUCUAGUACCGACGAGAACGGAAUCAGAUUUAUCGAUGAAGAGUCUUUCACCUGUUACAUAGGAUUUCCGGAAGCGAUUGAAAUUGGACCAAUCAUCUAUCGUUCGUUCACAUAUCUUGCCAGUUAUCCAAAUUGUAAACACUCCAACAUGCCGCUAACCUACGAUGGACUUUUGAAAGCUGUCGCCGUCUACUGCGACAAAUGUAAAGAUGUGAUCAGGGGGGAUCGAACGAAACUUCUUUUUGAUUCAUUUUCUAUCUCUAAGGAUGAUAAACAUGGUAAACUCUCUCAUGCGUCGGAAACUCCUGAAUCAUCAAGCAUUCAAGUUGAAGAUGAGUCGGAUCUCUCGAAAAUUCCUGACUCGGACGAAUCAAGUAGAAGUGUUACCGAAGUAGAAUUUGGCGACAUGUGGCUAUUGUUGACAGGGAUUUUUUGGUUGACGGAUAGUGAAAUUGUAAUUUCUUCAGCAAAAGCCGAAAAAGUUUCUUCAAUUCUUAUGGAAAAUAAAGUGUCGCCAGAGGAUGUCGAUGAAAUUCGCAAGAUCACGGUUAAGGUGGUUGAAUCAAUGGCACGAUACGAUGCUAGUAUAAAAAAUCUCAAAUCAGAGGAAAUAUCAAAAGAAACAAUCAAGUGGCCAGUGUUUAGGGAUUUUGUAAAUAGGAACACCCCAAAUUUAUUUCGCGGGUUCUCGCCAUUUUUCUACGCCCACUUCUGCAUCGGUCAAACCCUAUCUCAAAAUCGAGGCACAUUAUUAAUUAAGCCGUACGCAAAUUACUGGCCAACCCUAGAUGGUCCAUCGGAACUGCUAAGCUCCAAAAACAUGGAGUUGUUGCUAUGGAUGUUACCAGAAAAGGCAGUUGCGGGAGGAGAGUGGAACAUUUUGUACACCGGAAGCAAACACGGUUUCAGCAUGAACCGUUUUGAAAGUCACGUAUUCAAGUAUCCAGGACCAACCGUAAUUCUGAUUCAUGCAGAAACCAUACCGCCAAAAAGGAAUAGCAGCAGGUUGUUGGGUCCCGGAACAAGUUCAGGUCAAGGUGAAGGAACUUCACCGCAAUCCAUUAUUUUGGGUGCAUAUGUGGCGGAACGUUGGCGCUCAACAAGCUCGGCAAAACAAUGUUUCGGGUCGGAUGGGUGUUUUCUAUUUGAGCUAUUUCCAACGUAUGAAGCUUUUCACACCAUCAAGAAGAACGCGAAUUAUGCUUAUUAUAAUACAUCAGUGGGAAUUGGAUUUGGCGGAUUGGCCACAUCUGGAUUGGCAUCGAGUAAGAUUGAGAACAUGGAGAAGAAUUCUUUCGUUCUGCAACUUGAUAACACCCUACAGUUUGGGAGAUUUCGGGUUGAUCCGUUGAGCGAUCUUGCUCCCACGUAUUCGUUUUCGGCGGCUGCAAGGCAAGUUCUUGAAGCCCUCCCAAGUAACGACAACCUGAAAUUCAAUUUUAUCGACCUAAACGCGGGCUUCGAAUAUUUUCAAAAGAAUGGAACAGCUUUACCCCAGGAAACUCUGGAUGUUUUGAAGAAUGAAUGUUCCGGUGCACUUUUCGGAGCUGUUAGCUCUCCGUCUCAUAAAGUUGCUGGUUACUCUUCUCCCAUUGUUGCAUUAAGAAAACAUCUUGAUCUUUAUGCGAAUGUUAGACCUGUCGCAUCAGUUGCGUCAGAUAAGAAUCCUAAUCAAAAGCCGAUAGAUAUCCUGAUUAUUAGGGAGAACACUGAAUGCCUGUAUAUCAAGCAAGAACGUCAAACAAUAGAUGAAACGACAGGCCUAAAAGUUGCAUGGGCGGAUCGAAAAAUCUCAGAGUAUGCGUCACGUAGGUGUGGUAAAAUAGCAUUCGAGAUGGCGUUGGGAAGGGGUAAAAUACGACAAGGCAUACCACUAGAGAAAAGAUUAUGGAAGGAGAGACCAAGGGUGACGAUCGUUCACAAAUCAAAUGUGCUGAGCAUCACGGAUGGUUUAUGGCGAGAGACUGUUAGAAGUGUUAAAGAGAAUGACCGCAAGUAUGACGAUGUUGACAUGGAUGAACAGCUUGUUGAUUCGAUGGUCGAUGGAGCUGCUGCAUUGGUGGGUAGCUUAGGCGUCGUCCCAAGUGCAAACGUUGGUGACAAUAUUGUUGUCGGUGAACCAGCUCCAGAUAUUGCUGGGCAAAAUAAAGCAAAUCCGAUUGCGGCAAUUCGCAGUGCUGGAUUGUUAUUGGAGCACCUGGAAUUACACCAACAAGCACGCUCGAUUUACAACGCCGUGGAUAAUGUACUCAGAAUCGGCGAACCUUUGACACCCGACCUAGGUGGAUGUGCUACAACCCAACAGGUCACUGAUGCCGUUAUUAAAUAUCUAUAG